UACGGAGAUUCGACAGACCACCUGGGAAGGGGUUGACGAGGAGCGAAACUGGAUCGCGUAGAUCGCGAUCGUGAUCGAGGCUGGUCGCCUAAUCCGGGUGAUGCGCCGGCUCCUGGAGACGGUGACGUGCUCCGCGUUCCCAGCGAGACGAAUCUCCUCGAGGAGCGUAACUUAGGAUUUCGGAAGAUCACGAGGAUAGUAUCGCGGGAUAAACGACGGAAAAAGAAGCGUGUUGCGGAACCGGAGGAGGUGGCGGUGGUGGAGGCGGAAGAAGAAGAAGAAGAAGGAGAAAGAAAAGAAGAAGAAGAAGAAGAGGAAGUGGGAGCAGCUGAGCACGAAAGAAUUCGUAAUCUACACGAGAUAAGAGGAAAGAUAGGCAGAAACGAAGAAGGAGGGCGUGUUGCACCGUUUGUUGGUGGUUAUCGGGGUUAGGGGACAAGGGCACGAGACUCGGGGCACAAGGUGUGUUGUUACGCACAGAAUGAAGUCGAACAUCUGAUCGUUCCCUUCGCAAGGAAGGCCGAUCGUGACUGAUCCGACUAAGGGUGACCUUGAGCAAAGAUGGUCAGGAGGGCGCUACUACUACUCUCACUGGUCCUCCUCGGUGCCUUCGACGCUCCUGGCAUCGAGAGAGCCGCCCACGUCAGAUACCUGGCGAUGGCUGGUAACACCUGUAACGCGUGUAGGAUGCACGAGGAGAUCCGAGCCCUCAGUCUAGAGGCGAUCAAGGAACAGAUAUUGAACAAGCUCGGAUUGAAACAGGCGCCGAACAUGACCGGCCGAGCGUUGCCGAGGAUCCCGCCGAUCUCGAAGCUGAUGGACAUGUACGGGAUGCAGGCGGAUCAGCCGCAGCCCCUCGAGCCUGGUAUCACCCAUCACGAGGAGAUCGACGAGUACGCUGCCAAGACCGAGAGCGUUUUCGCCCUGGCGCAACCACAUCAGAGGCUAAGGCAUUCCAAGGGCAGCCUGGACGUUCUCUACUUCAAAUUCUCCGACAAGGUGGUCCAGCAUCGCGUGACCAGAGCGGAGCUAUCCCUGUGGAUAUGGGGUACCGGUGGCCAGGAGACCGGCGAACUCGAGAAGUCCGCCGCCGAUUCGGAGACUCACGAAGACGGCGGUGGUCCUGUGACGAUCACGUUGCAGAGGAUCUUACGCGGCGCAACGGAGUCCGGUGGCCCGUUGCUAGGACCAACGUUGACCACUAAACACCCACGACCUGUCGGUCGUAGCGGUAAUUGGGUGACGAUCGAGCUAAGACGAAUGGUCGCCGAAUGGUUCAAACAUCCACGGGACAAUCUUGGCGUAGCCCUAAAGAUCUCUGGCCCCGGCGGCAAUCACCGUAGGAAUUCUAAGUUAGUCGAGACCAAUCCUGGGGCGGAGUACGCGCCGUAUCUCGAGGUUCAGACGCAAGAGCUCGACUCCCGUCGAGGGGCGAGGAUCAAAAGAAACAUAGGACUUAAUUGCGACGAGGCCAGCCAGGAGACCAGGUGCUGUCGAUACAAGCUCACCGUCGACUUCGAGAAGUUCGGCUGGGACUGGAUAAUCGCGCCCAAAAAGUACGACGCCAAUUACUGUUCGGGCGACUGUCCGAUGGCGUUUCUCCAGGCCUAUCCGAACACCCACAUCGUCAGCCUGGCGUUACCGCCGAACAACACCGGACCGUGUUGCGCACCGAGGAAACUCUCCGAGAUCACGAUACUGUACUUCGACAACGAGUACCAGAUCGUGUUCUCACGGCUGCCGGGUAUGGUCGUCGAGAGAUGCGGAUGCACAUAG